CGUUGUGUCCCAGUAUGAUCAACUUUCCCAUAUACUAACUGCGGCAGUCAACCAAGUAGCAAGCGCAAUGGCACUACGGGACGAACUUUUAAAGUCAAUAUGGCAUGCUUUCACAGCGUUGGACGUGGACAAAAGCGGGAAAGUGUCCAAGUCGCAGUUAAAGGUGCUCUCUCAUAACUUGUGCACUGUGAUGAGGAUCCCCCAUGACCCAGUGGCCCUUGAGGAACACUUCAAAGAUGACGACGAAGGCCCCGUCUCUACACAGGGCUAUAUGCCCUACUUGAACAAGUUCAUUUUGGACAAGGUCCAGGACAACUUUAAUCGGCAGGACUUUAACAGAAUGUGCUGGACCCUGUGUGCUCGGAAGAACCUCAACAGGACACACCUCCUCAUCUCGGAUGAAGACGCCUUCAAGAUCUGGUGCAUCUUCAACUUCCUGUCCGAAGACAAAUACCCACUGGCCAUAGUCACUGAGGAGAUCGAGUACUUCCUGCGCAAGCUGACGGAGGCCAUGGGUGGCAGCUGGGUGGAGGAGCGCUUCGAGGACUACAAGCUUGAGCUUUGCACCAAGCAGCAGUGCCUGAGUGCCUGGGAGAUAAUCACCCUGGUGGGCACGGGCACCUUCAGCAAGGGCAUGGACCGCCAGACCCUCUCUAUGGGCAUCACCGAGGUCUUCCACGAGCUCAUCCUUGACGUAUUCAAACAGGGCUACAUGAUGAAAAAGGGUCACAAGAGAAAGAACUGGACAGAGCGCUGGUUCCUCCUGAAGCCCAACUCCAUAUCCUACUACGUGAGCGAGGACCUGGCAGAGAAGAAGGGUGACAUCCUGCUGGAUGGAAACUGCUGUGUGGAGUCGUUACCGGAUAAGGAAGGGAAGAAGUGCCUGUUCUACGUCAAAUGCUCCGACAAAAGCUAUGAGAUCAGCGCGUCGGAUAAGAAGAGGAAACAGGAGUGGAUACAGGCCAUCCAGACGUGUAUCAGUCUGCUGAAGCUGGGCCGGCCGGCGCCGCACCGCGAGUCCCGCCAGAAGCGGAGGGAGCUGAGGCAGAAACAGCAAGCGGAGCAGGAGGAGCUGGAGCUCAGGAUGAAGGAGCUGCAGACGGCCAACGAGGACAAGCAGCAGGAACUGGAGGCCAUGAGGAAGAAACUGGAGGAGGCGGCGGCCAACGCGGCAGAGGAGGAGAGGAGACUCUUGCAGACGCAGACUGAACAACAGGAUCGCUACAGGGUGGACCUUGAGAGGGAGAAAAUGGUGCGACAGGAGAUGGAGGAGCAGGUGGCUCAGAAGUCCACUGAGCUGGAGCAGUACCUGCAGCGCGUCCACGAGCUGGAGGACAUGUACCACCGCCUGGAGGACGCCCUGGAGGAGGAGAGAAGCGCCAGGCAGGACGAGGAGACUGUUCGCAGGCUCCAGGCCCGGUUACUGGAGGAGGAGGCGACCAAGAGGGCUGAGCUGGAGCAGAUCCACCUCCACCAGCAGAGGGCCAUCUCUGAGACGGAGGCGGAGAAGCAGGAGCUGGAGAAGGAGGGAACGGCCAAGGAGAAUGCCCUGCAGGCCGCCAUGCUGCAGCUGGAGCAGCUAGAGAGUGAGAGGCAGGGGGCACUGGAGCAAUACCAGGACGUAAUGCAGAAACUGGAGGACGCAGCGAACAACACCAGGACCUGGAAACAUAAAGUGGCCCACCAUGAGGGAUUGGUCCGCCUCAUUCAACCAGGUUCAAAGGGGCCUCAGAAGAUCACUAACUGGGGCCCAGCAGCCUUCACUGAUGCAGAAUUAAGCCUGAGGAAGAAAGAUUGGCAGGAGAGGAAGAACCGACCCGCCCAGACCCAGUAGAGCCCCCAUUCAACACACUCAUGGUUGCUGAAUCAUUGAUGGAACAUUGAUGCAACUUUGCCCUCAGUGUGCAAUGUUGCGUCUUCAGCAUUCAUUAACUCAAAAGGGAACAGGGAAGGCAGGCUCACUUUUACAGAUACCAGGGUUGUGUUCAUUAGGCACCAAAUAGAAGUCAACAAACUGAAACAGAGAACCUACCUAGGCUUUUUGUCCAAUAGGAAAGGCAAAUGUUAUUUUUCCGUUGCAAAUCGAUUUGAAACGUUUUCUGUUUCGUGCCCUAAUGAACUCGACCCAGGUGCUGCACAGAUCUUGAUACUACCUGCAUAGCCUGAGAGUAAAAAGAACAGCCAGAUUCAAAUUGCUCUCAUAUGAUGGACUGAAGGAGCUGCGCACCUGACACUAGUAAUUCAAUGUCUGAGGAAGGUGGAGUGUGAUUCCUUUUAUCAAAACGUUUUUGACCGUGUUUUGAUUAUACAUUUUUUUCCUAAGGGAUUUCACAAUUGUUUGUGUCUUUUGUAAAUGUAAAACUACAGCUUGCAUAAUUUUUAUCAGUUUGUGGGUUACCGUUUUUGGUUCCAUUGCCAAAGUGAUAGCACUUAAUAACCCAUAAAGUAGUAUGAACAAAACUCCAUGUUAACAUCAUCAAAUUUCAUUACUUAUGAAAAUAAUAAUCAAAUAACUAGCCAUCAUAGUGUACUACUCCCAUUUUAUUAAAUUUAAUUUUUGCGUACAUAUACUGUGAGAAAUGGGACAUUUGCGGUGUUACACUUGAAACAUUGCUGCUACACUGUAAUGAAAAACUGUACAGUAAUCGGAGGUAUUAUCAACAUUAAAAUAAACGAUUUACGGCAACAUACUGUACAUUAUGGCGCAUUGUGGGAAAAUGUUAUGGGCUAGGAAAGAAUUGCUGUAUUUCAAAUGUUACUGUAAUUUCACCACAUGGAAUACAAUACCAUAUCUUUGGCACACCAAAACCCCUUUAUUUUUUUAAACCUUUAACUAGGCAAGUCAGUUAAGAACAAAUUCUUAUUUACCAUGACGGCUUACUCUGGCCAAGCAUGACCCGGAUGACGCUGGGCCAAUUGUGCGCCGCCCCAUGGGACUCCCAAUCACGACCGGUUGUGAUACCGCCUGGAAUUGAACCAGGGUCUGUAGUGACGCCUCUAGCACUGACAUUCAGUGCCUUAGCCCACUGCGCCCCUCGGCCACUAGUGGAUGCAUGGUAUCGUUGUUUCUGGCUCAUUCAAAUAUUUUGAGGAAUGCCUUGUAACGGCUGUAUUUGUUGCACCUGGUGAGUAAGAGUGCCCUAUCACUUUAACUCCUACGUGGUUAUAGUACCCCAUCAAUAGAACUCCCCAUGUUGUAGUCCUAAAAACUGAAAAUGAUUUACUGCCAUCCCUAUGGGGGAAAUUAAUGGGGUUUUGGGAUAAGGUCUGACGUUAACACAGGCUUUGGAGAUCUUAUAUGUUUUAAUCUAUGAGAUAUCAGUCAGGUACCAUAACCUAUGUGCUUUCAUGCUUGUUUUGAUUACAGAAAUGCUUCAAAAUUCACAGCGAUGUUUCCCGAUGAAGAAUAUCUCAUAGGACAAAACGUGUAAGGUCGUAAACCUGUGUUUUACCACAGACUUUAUUUUCAGCGUUUAUCCAAAACCCCUUACAAAAACCUGAUUUCAUUUCCCGAAAGACUUUGGCCAAGAGCCAUGGCGGAGUUGGCGCCUACUAAAAGACACCAUUCCUAUUGCUCUCUAUUUAAAUUCUAUAGGGGACAGAUUGGAGUGGCACAAAAAUGGUUAAGCGUUGUAUCUUCAUGUGCUUUUGGUCUGUUUUGCCCUGUAGUUCCGGCCAGUUUAAAAGCCUUUGUUUGCCCCUAGAAGUAUGUGUGAUAUAAGACACCCAAAUAUUCAUUAAUAUGCUGUAAUGUGUAAACACUUCACCUAGCAACCACCCGCUUGCACCAAUCCUUUGUAAAUACCGUUAAGUAAAUACAAACCCCUCCCUUCAAUCAUCCAUUCAUUCCGAUUACAGUAGCAUUUAAUUUAUUUUAUAAUAGUACAUUUGAAGGUAUUGUACUCUGUCAUUACACAGUACUUGAUACCGUAUUUAUAUUACUGUAGGUGUACUGGAAAAUGAAAUGCAGAAUUUCUUUACCUGCCACUGAGCUGCCUGUAACUGUCAAAUUCACAGCAACCCCUUUGCAGUGUAGCAAAUGACAGGGCUUUGUAGCACGGUGCCAGAACCACGCUCAUGGUGCGGGAUGGAGUUGUCAUUUGUGAAAUUGUCAGUAUACAACCUUUUGUGUUUUGUAGUCGUUAAUGUGUUUAAAUAGCUGAAGACUGGUGUCAUGUUUUAUUACAGGGUUCAGUCUUAAACAAUAAUUGUAUGCAGUUGUUGCAAGGAUGCACACGUAAGUAGAGAACUGAUUGUUGAUAUAUCAUGUAACAAUAUUCACAAUAGAACAUAAUAGACACAAGACCCCCCAGUCUCUAAUUGAUAUGAUGCUGCCAUUGAAACAAGAGGAAUGGUAUGGUACUUUCAAAUGAUGUACUCCAGGGGGCACUAUAGUUUUAGAAAACGCAGGUUAUCCUUCAUUUGGUCAUCUCCUAAACAUAAUUGACUUAUGUCAUGGAUAAUACAACAUGUUAUGCUGUUAACGGUGUGUGUUUGGGGUCCCUAUUUCCAUUACUUCACUGCAUAAACCCUCCACUUUCUAAAAUAAAAUAUAAUCUACAGUGAGAUGUAAACCAA